UUUUAGCUCCUCCCGCCAAGGGUAAGACUUUCUUUAAAUUGUCGGUAGUCGGGACUGAAAAAGGGAUCCUGACUGAAAGCUAAAAGGAUAGAGGAGCCUGAAGAAUCCCAUGUAACUCUGAGAACUGUUUGAAAGAAACUAGAGUGCCAGAGAAGACCUUUGAAGUGUGAAAAGAUUUCCUGUAAUUGAAACCAAAAUGUCAUUUAUAGAUCCUUAUCAGCACAUUAUAGUGGAGCACCAGUAUUCCCACAAGUUCACUGUCGUGGUGUUACGUGCCACCAAAGUGACAAAGGGGGCCUUCGGUGACAUGCUUGAUACUCCAGAUCCGUAUGUGGAACUUUUCAUCUGUACCACUCCUGACAGCAGGAAAAGAACAAGACACUUCAAUAAUGACAUAAAUCCCGUGUGGAAUGAGACCUUUGAAUUUAUUUUGGAUCCUAAUCAGGAAAAUGUUUUGGAGAUCACAUUAAUGGAUGCCAAUUAUGUUAUGGAUGAAACUCUAGGGACAGCAACAUUUCCUAUAUCUUCUAUGAAAGUGGGAGAGAAGAAGGAAGUUCCCUUUAUUUUCAACCAAGUCACUGAAAUGAUUCUGGAAAUGUCUCUUGAAGUUUGCUCAGCCCCAGACCUUCGAUUUAGCAUGGCUCUCUGUGAUCAGGAGAAAACUUUCAGACAACAAAGAAAAGAAAAAAUAAAGGAGAACAUGAAGAAACUCUUGGGUCCAGAGAAUAGUGAAGGCUUGUAUUCUACCCGUGAUGUGCCUGUGGUGGCCAUAUUGGGCUCAGGUGGGGGCUUCCGAGCCAUGGUGGGCUUCUCCGGUGUGAUGAAGGCACUGUAUGAAUCAGGGAUUUUGGAUUGCACCACCUACAUUGCUGGUCUUUCUGGCUCCACAUGGUACAUGUCAACCUUAUAUUCUGAUCCUGAUUUUCCAGAGAAAGGGCCAGAGGAGAUUAAUGAAGAGUUAAUGAAAAAUGUUAGCCACAAUCCCCUUUUACUUCUCACACCACAGAAGAUUAAACGAUAUGUUGAGUCUUUAUGGAAGAAGAAAAGCUCUGGGCAACCUGUCACCUUUACUGAUAUCUUUGGAAUGUUAAUAGGAGAAACACUAAUUCACAAUAGAAUGAACACUACGUUAAGUAGUUUGAAGGAAAAAGUCAACACUGCACAAUGCCCUUUACCUCUUUUCACCUGUCUCCAUGUCAAACCCGAUGUUUCGGAGUUGAUGUUUGCAGAUUGGGUUGAAUUUAGUCCAUAUGAGAUUGGCAUGGCUAAAUAUGGUACUUUUAUGGCCCCUGACUUAUUUGGAAGCAAAUUUUUUAUGGGAACAGUUGUGAAGAAAUAUGAAGAAAAUCCCUUGCAUUUUUUAAUGGGUGUCUGGGGAAGUGCUUUUUCUAUAUUAUUCAACAGAGUCUUGGGUGUUUCUGCUUCACAAAGUAAAGGUUCCACAAUGGAGGAAGAAUUAGAAAAUAUUACAGCGAAACAUAUUGUGAGUAAUGAUAGCUCGGAUAGUGAUGAUGAAUCACAAGAGCCCAAAGGCACUGAAAAUGAAGAUGCCGAAAGGGACUAUCAAAAUGAUAAUCAAGCAAGUUGGGUUCAUCGAAUGUUAAUGGCCUUGGUGAGUGAUUCAGCUUUAUUCAAUACCCGAGAAGGACGUGCUGGGAAGGUGCACAACUUCAUGUUGGGCUUGAAUCUCAAUACAUCCUAUCCACUGUCUCCUUUGAGAGGCUUUACCACACAGGAGUCCUUGGAUGAAGAUGAAUUGGAUGCAGCUGUGACAGAUCCUGAUGAAUUUGAAAGAAUAUAUGAGCCCCUGGAUGUCAAAAGUAAAAAGAUCCAUGUAGUGGACAGUGGGCUCACAUUUAACCUGCCCUAUCCUUUGAUCCUGAGACCACAGAGAGGGGUAGAUCUCAUCAUUUCCUUUGACUUUUCUGCAAGACCAAGUGACUCCAGUCCUCCCUUCAAGGAACUUCUACUUGCAGAAAAGUGGGCUAAAAUGAACAAGCUCCCUUUUCCAAAGAUUGAUCCUUAUGUGUUUGAUCGGGAAGGACUGAAGGAGUGCUAUGUCUUUAAACCCAAGAACCCUGAUGUGGAGAAAGAUUGCCCAACUAUCAUUCACUUUGUUCUGGCCAACAUCAACUUCAGAAAGUACAAGUCUCCAGGGAGAGACUCCAUGAGCAGUUGGCAUGCCCUAGGGGAUUCCUGUGGCAUGAAGACAGGUGUUCCAAGAGAAACUAAGGAAGAGAAAGAAAUAGCUGACUUUGACAUUUUUGAUGAUCCAGAAUCACCAUUUUCAACCUUCAACUUUCAAUAUCCAAAUCAAGCAUUCAAAAGGCUGCAUGAUCUAAUGCACUUCAAUACCCUGAACAACAUUGAUGUGAUAAAGAAAGCCAUAAUUGAAAGCAUCGAAUAUAGAAGACAGAAUCCAUCUCGUUGCUCUGUUUCUCUCAGUAAUGUUGAGGCAAGACGAUUCUUCAACAAAGAGUUUCUAAGCAAAACCACAGCAUAGUCUGUGUACUGGAGAAGGCAGCAAUUUCUGACGUGGAGGCUGUUUGAAAUUCCUUGACAACUGGAUUUGAAGCACAGUACAGACAACAGUACUGAUUUUGAGAGACUGGCUGAUACUCAGAGUUGCAAAUACAAAUGCCCUGAGGUGGAACGCUGAGCAGGUUCCAGGAACAGGGAGGGGCUAAUGUGCCCAGGACAGUGUGGGGGAGGGGUAUAAAAAGUUAAUUUUCACUUAUGCGUAGAAUUAUAUUUGUUCAAAACUUAGCAAUACUGUGUAUACAGUAUUUGUCCUUCAAAAUACCCCUGUGAAUUAACAAGACCAGAGAUUUGCCCAACAUUGCUAGAGUUAAUGUCUGAACUGGGAUCCUGAAGUUCUUGCCCUUGACCCUGUGGACCUUGUAUCACAUUCUGUGGUGUCUCCUAGAGACUGAUUAGAUGAACACCUUAAAUACAAGUGAUUAUUAAAACUUGGACUAACUAGGACCUUGCUUUCCCUUUGUUUUUAGUUAAUUGACUGCAACAACAGAGCCUCAUUGUCUAAUUCAACUUUGCUGAUUUGUUCAUUUAUAAAUUUGCUAGAGUUUUGAUUUAUAUAAAAAAAAGAAAACACACACAAAUUCAUCUUGACGAGAAAUCUCUACAUUUAUUUUUUCACUCUUUCUCUGUCCAAAAGAAUGACUGAUGAGGAAUAAGACCUCGUGGCUUUUCCAAAACCACCAACAUGCCCCAAUAAUUUCAUCUUGGCUCUUUGCCUUCUUGACACCACACACCUUUCUGAUUUGCUCAUUGUUCACACCAUCAUUGGUAUCUUUACCUACUCAUGUACAAUCUGACCAAUUUCAUGUUACUUUUUUGUAAGUAAUGAAAACAACAAAAUAAAAGCUUAAAAUAUAUGCUUAAUUA